UCACUCUUAAAAGUGCUAUAAAUGUAUCUAGCUCCCUUUGUGCAUGUUGGAGAAUAGUGCGCUGCAUUGAAGCGAAAUCAAAGGCUUAAUAUACAAAAUUCAGAUCGAUACGGUUAUUUUAAUCAUAUGCACUUGUUGAGAACAAUGACCUGAAAAGCAUCGGCACUGUCAGUGUGGUACAGUCGAGCGCAUCCAUUGGGAUUCCCAGAUAGCCCUCGCGCAGAGUUGACCUUUUUACCCAGCGCAAACCUGACUCAACAUUCGCGUAAAUGUUCCGAAACCUCGCGCCGACAAAAAAAACCCACUCACGCACCAGCACAGCGAUCAGUCUUGGUCCAGAAACAAAGAUGUCACCGUAUAAGCCUGCAAAGCAGUUUCACUCACUCGCUCGCUCACGGGUCACGUAUUAUCUCCAGCAUUCGAAUUCAAUUCCGAUCGGUUCCCUAUAGAAUUGUGCCUUUUCCCCGCAGACUGUCACUUGUUCACGCAGUCUCUGCUUUGAGUCUCUUGAGCAGUCGCUAUAGUCUGGUCGUACUUCUACUAGUUCGCAGGGGUAUCUCUCUCUUCCUCCCACCUAAUGCAUUGAACUAGCUUGUCAUCGCGUUCGGUUAUACGCUUCACUUCUCUUUAAUUUCGAAUGCAUCGGCGCUGUUUACAGCAUCUUUAUAUUUCUAAAUCCACGCGGCGGUUUACAGACACCCCCCUCCUCCCUCCAGUCGCCAUUCCCUAUAAUCUGAACACAUCUGAAAAGUUAUUACCCCGGCCCCUUUCUUAUAGUGGGCUGCUCCCACAAUCUAUUCGUCAGUGUGUUGUUAUAUUUUUACAAUUACACUCUUGUAGUAUUUAAGUCCCACCUACAUCGUUUGCAAAGCGCGCGAACGACUAUCCUACCCCGCUCUAUGUGAUGUCCCUUAAGUUUCUCUCUGUUCUGGAGGAAUGUGGCAGCGCACGCGGCUGUUGAACCCACAUGCCCCGGCUCGGAACCUGUCUAUCCUGUUCAUGCAACCCGAACGUGUGUCUGACAAGGAGUUGAGAGACUGUGUUUGAAACACCACCAGUGUCCACUACGAAACCUUAUAUGCGAGGUUCCUCUCCCCCUCUUUUUGUAUAUAUAGCAUGUCCGCCCCCCUUGAAUCUCCUGUCCAUUGGCUUUUCGUGCACUAUUUUCCUGCGUCCACCCCCAGCGCGCGCGCGCGCACACACACACACGCCGCAGCGCACAUUGCUUUCAUUAAACAUAUCUCCCACUCUCUCUCUCUUUCUGUGUGUGCGUGUCUCUCGCUCUCGCUCUCUCGCCUCUUGUCCGGCCCCCUGAUCUUUCUGUCCAUUGGCUUCCUCGGGUCUAUUUUUCAUGUCCAGCCCCUAAUGAGUGUCCAUUGGUUUUGUUAUUUCCACUCCCUCCUCCCACUCCACGGCUUUGCCCUGCCCAUGUUCUGUAUGUCUGUGUCCAUCCAUCUCCUGACGUUCAAGUUCGCAGGGACGUCACGUCCGCACUUGAACUUGCAGCUCAGGGGGGCUUUUGCCAUUUUUUCAUCUCUCUCUCUCUUUUCAAAAAAGCCAUGACGGCUAUCCCACAAUCCAUCUUCCCCUCGCCAUCUUUGUAUUAUUUCUAAUUUAUUUUGGAUGUCAAAGGCAUUGAUGAAGAUAUUUUCUCUGGAGUCUCCCUUCUAACCCGGCUCUCCCGAUGUGAACCGAGCUGAAAGCCGCCACCAACCACCAUGUCUCGCCGCAAGCAAGGCAAACCCCAGCACUUAAGCAAACGGGAUUUUUCGCCCGAGCCCCUGUCUGCCGUGGUCUCGGAGGAGAGGCAGGAACAGCGCGGGCUGGUACAGGUAGCUCCAGAGGGAGACCAGGACCUGCUCACCUGUGGCCAGUGUCAGAUGAACUUCCCUUUGGGAGAAAUCCUUAUUUUCAUUGAGCACAAGAGGAAGCAGUGCAAUGGCACUUUUUGCAUGGACAAAGCAGUGGAUAAGCCCCCAUCGCCCUUGCACGGUGACCUGAGGAGAGCCUCCAACCCUGUGGAGGUGGGCGUCCAGGUCACGCCGGAGGACGAUGACUGCUUAUCAACGUCUUCUCGAGGAAUCUGUCCGAAACAGGAAAACAUUACAGGUAACUUCAUCUCAUGUGAUUUUCCUCUUAAAAAUAGAAGGGCUCUGCGUGUUUUUGUGUGAGGAACAUUUGUGGUGGAGCAGAGUUGUUGUGUGGGCCACAUAUCGUAGACACAUGUCCUUUCUCGGUGGGUCGCCUCAUUCGCAGCUCUGGAGACAUAUCAGAGUGCUGAAUAUUUAAAAGCUGUGGGGCAGGAAGGGGAAAAGGGGUAUAUUCAAUCAAACCUCAAAGUGAGAAGCCAUUACGAAGACCAAAAGAGGAACCGGCAUUACUUCACAGAGUACAAAGAAGAAAAAACAAAAAAGCAUUUAAAAUCAGAUUUAUUAUCUCAAGAUCAUCGCUGCUUGGAAUCAAGGAUCUCUUUCAGAUGGACUCUGUGGGAUUUGGAUAAUUAAGCUCAGAUUCGAACCGUAGAUCGCUUGCAUGCUUUAGUUUAACACAUUUGGACUUUGUGUUUCAAAUCCUUUUUCUGUGUUAACUUGUCGUUCACUCUUCAUGGUAAUGAAAUGAGAAAGAAUGUGGCAGAGUGUGACUUAAAAGUUGUAGAUUUGUUGAAGUAGAGUGCAAAGAGUGUGCUCUUUAUGGUAUGGUGGAUUGCUCAUCCCUACUGGGAGAAAAAAAGGGGGAAUGGUUUGGCACUGGAGGGGCGGUUCGAGGAGUCCUUGCUGUGACAGGAGAGGCCAUCCCCCUCGGUGUGUGUCCACAGGCUCAUGGGAAAUGCCUCUCUGUGCUGCACAGCCUCUCUCAUGUGGUCUGGACAGAUGUAUCUUGAUUCCGUUGUGAAUACUUGUAUAGCCACAUCUUAUCCAUACAAAUGCAUGUGUGCACAUUUUCACUUUCUGUCAAAAAAGGAAAGGAAAUGGAAGGCCGUUCGGUUAUUUUGGUUUGUCAGGCAACAACAACACAAUGCUAAUUAUUUGUUUUAGUUUUGUGGAUGUGCAUUUUAAUUUGCAGUUGACUUUAUGCACUAUAUAAAACACGGAAAAUGCAGUCAUAAAAAAACAUAGUCCCUAGUUUCCACUGUAAACAAAGGCAACCCUGGAAUCUCAGAGUAGCGUAAGUCUAACCUUGCUUAAGCUGAAAGUGAAAUUAACUGCUUUAAGUUUGUCAGUGUGUUAUUAUGUGUCCAUGAGUGUCUUGUGCUGGUGGGGCGAUUUAGAGUGGCUGUUUUUUUAAAUCUAGAAAAUGUGAGAGUGAGACUUUCCAGUCUGUUUUUCUGGCCUGGCUUUACGUUUGGCCAUUCUCUGGUGUGCCUCAAAGAUCAGGUUCCAGGAAGCGUCUGGGUCCGGUUAGACCCAUCAGCAGUCAUUUGGACUUGACCCUUUGCUCUGGGCUAAUUAUCGUCUGCUGAGUUCAAGUAUUGAAGUAUUUUCCAACAGUUCCCACUUGCAUAGUCUGAGAUACAGAAAAUGAAGCCUCCUAGUUUGAGUGUAAAAUGUUUACAAUAAUCUGCUGUGGAACACACUUUUGUGCUAUAGUACAUUUAAAUUUGAUCAGAUAUGGAGGCUGAAUGGGGUCAUUUGUGUCUGCUUGCCCUCUUUGUUUUAAGCAUGUUGAUGCAGUUUCAGCACAAAUUAUACAACCUUUAUGCAAGCUGGCUAUCAUGCACGUCUGUCGUUUCUGUCAGCCGCUAAACUGGGUUAUUAAACUCAUUUACAUCAUAAUGUAUCAGGGUUCAGCUGAUAGC